AUGCUAAUGAUGGUUACAAUUGCAGCAGCGGCGAGACAUCGCAUCGAAUUGAAAUAGAUAGUAAUACGCAAAGUGGAGGUGGUCAAAGUGACAUCAGAAACAGUAGAGAAAAACAAUAGUGCAACAACCUUAAAUAUAGAAACACAUAACAUACCUAUGACACUAGAUUUACAAUUAAAAUGUUUACAUUUUUUACCAAAAAAAAAUGAUAUAGUGAGUGUAUAAGCAUAUGUACCUAUGUAAAUAAGUCCAAUGCCAGGAAACGGAAGCCACUGUAAUCACAAAAAUUAAUCCAUAUAUUUUUUAAUUAUUUUCUCUUUGUAAAAAAAAAAUUAAGACUUAUUGCUAGAGUUUUGGCUGGGUUUGAACUUGUAAAGCCUGACAUGGUAAUCCAUCAAUUUUGGUCUUUUGCUUUAUAAAUGAACUAAAGUAAAUAAGGCUAAUUCGGGCUCAUCCGCAUUUUAUAAACUUCUUUAAUUUCAAAUGUAAAUAUUGCGAGGUGUCUGUAAAACUUCAUAUACAAGUUAGGAAGGGCUGUCUUGUCUCGUAAUUUUUAGUAGGGUCGAGGGCGGCAAAAUAUUUUCAGAUGGUGACAAAACUGUAUAUUAAUAAAUGAUGUAAAGGUUGAUAUUUUUCGAAUAAAAUUAGCCAGAAAAAAUAGGGAUCUCAUGUUCAGAAUCUGCGGUUUAGAAAAUGUUUAGCCCGAUUUCGACCGUUUUUAGAUGACAGAGGGCAACCUCGGAGGCUCUAUUUAAAUUAAGUGAAAAAUCAGAUAAAAUUUAUAAUUGUAUAAAAUUGGAAAUUGAUGUGAUUGUAAUCUAACAUAGCCUGAUUUUACACUGUAUUAUAAGGAUGAAAUAAUAAUGCACUGAUUUAAUUUAAGUUAGUGAAAUAGUUCCUGAGAUAUGGGUUUUCACCUUAAAGUGGACCAUUGUAAAUUUUUUAAAUAGAUUUAUAUGAGGUCCUUUUCUACCAUCAUUACUGUAAAAUUUAAUGUGUCUGGUGUAUGUACAUAUACAUAUGUAUAGUAAGUUAUCCACUUAUGGUAGUUUUCAACAUAACCAUAUAUGGGAUCGGUAAUAUCCGAUUUUACCCAUUUUCGCACUGAAUGAGAAGUUGCUAAUAUAAGUAGUUAUCAGAUAGUUUGGUAGAUGUGGUAAGGGAAACAUAUUUUGGUUCUAUCCGCCGAUCUGCACUUUCAACCUUCUCAUGUUAUCAAGGAGUAUUUUAUUAAGAUAUUUUAAUUUUUACCUAUAUAUCGCUUGCACAGAUGGAUGGAUAGACUUUCGGACUUUCAAUUCGGUAAUAGGUAUUCCUAAAACAUUGUUGUCCCUACGACAACAAAAACAACGGUAAUUUUGGGUUGAUCUUCUAGAAUGUAUAGAUCGGUUUGAUCUAUUUUUAUCAGCAUGGUUUAAUAGGUACUGAUACAAUAUAGAGAUAUUUCUCUAACUAGUUGAUGGAAUUUUGUUUUCUCUCUAGCUCGAUAUCUUUACUAAUGCGUAAGCUAAAUUUUGUUAGCGCGAAAAACCCGAUGAUUCGUUCGAUUAACGCCUUUUUGUGGGCAUAGGAAUGGGUUAUGAUUCCGUUACUAUACAUGUCUUUUCAUAGAUACAAUAUUUUUAUAUUCACUCAUUCUAGUAGUGCAGUAAUCUACAUAAGAUAUAACGACGAGAAAAUCCUCAUAAUUGUACUUACUCGAGCAAAGAGAACUGCACUCACGUUCUCCAGUCCCUUACCACUUUUAUUAAUAACAUAAACCAAUUCUGAUAUAAUGAGUGCUAGAAGAGUCAUUAUCAUAAAUAUAAUAUUUAGAUUUAAAAUUAGGCAACUUUUAUGUGAAGAACCAAAACAAAUAAUUCUUUUUGCGAUUUGAACGCAUCAAGUGUAUGUUGUCUUCAAAACAAAAAAUGUAGCUUUAUUUAAGUAAAAUCUCUACAUUUUCAUCUCAAUAUUUGUAAUAUGUAUUUCUCAUAGUUUUAUUAAUUUUUACUUAUAUUUACUGUUGUCUGUUUUUACUUAUAAAAAAUGUAAAAUUAACUUCUUAGCAGAGACAAGGGGUAUUAAGAGUUUGCACUUUGAGCGGCAAAACGACAACUUCAACAUUCAAGAAGGUUUAAAUGAUCAUCUAAGCUAAUAUAUGUACAUGUAGACAUACACAAAUAUUGAAAAUGAUAUAAAUAGUUUAAAUUCGGUGAUAUUAUUUGUGAAAUAAAAAAAAUAAAUAAAUGUUUGUAAUUUAUAGCAAUUGCGUUCAAAUAACAAACUGUGUCAUUGAAAUGGAAAAACUAAAAGUUUUGAGAGAAAUCGAAUCAAAUCAAAUUCCGAUUGGACGUUACAUAGAAAAGUCUUAAGGGAACACGGCAAUGCUUUUCUUUUCUAUGUCGACUUGCUUUGGAAGGAAAUAAGUUAAUCAUUUUAAUGAAUAUUUGGCAACAAAAGUUCUUAAAACGGCCUGCGGACGACGUGGACAAUGGAUCUGAAACAUUUGAGCCGCCACACAAACUGCCAAAUAACAAUAAUAACUGCAACAAUAACAACGGUUCUGAAAAUCUAACCAAGUUCUCAGUGCAUAUUGUGCAAAAAUUGGAGUUCACCACGUCAGCGGCUAACUCACAACCGCAGCAGAUAAGCACGAAUGUCACAGUUAAGGCGCUCACAAACACUUCCGUAAAAAGCGAGUCGGACGUCGGUGGGAACGGCGGCAGCACUGGCAGCGGUGGUUGUGGUGGAACGACUACUGGUCCUGGCGGUAAUUCUGGUGGGCCGAAUGAUCCGCAAAGUGGCGGAAUAUCGAAUAAUGCUCGUGGAAACACUGGAAACAGCGGAGGAGCUAAUGGCGGGGGUGGUAAUAGUGCUACCGGUACUAAUAUUAACAACUUAAUGAGUGGACAUAACAAUUCAAAUACAACUCAGCAGCAACAAAAACUUGGUCUUGGUAGUCUAUCGAAUUUAGUGGAAUGCAAACGUGAGCCCGAUCAGGACUUUUCCGAUCUGGCUGGAUUAGAAAAAGAGAGUGGUCCAAAUAGUAACUUUCCCGGGUUUCCCGAUCUUAUGGGUGAUGAUAUCAUAAAUGAUCUACAAGACUUCAAUCCGGAUUUAUUUAGUUUUGAUGAGAAACCGCUUUUAGAUAUUAAAACUGAGGAUGGUAUUAAGGUGGAGCCACCAAAUGCACAAGACCUCAUUAAUAGUCUGAAUGUGAAAUCAGAAAAUGUGAUGGCAGAUUUUAACGCAACAUUUGGAAAUGGCGGUGGGGGUAUGAAUGUGGGUGCUGCAAAUAACGUGCCUAACGCGACUAAUAGUGGUGGUAUAGGUGGUCCUAUGAAUGGACCUCCACAUGCCGAUCCCCAAACGAUGAACAAAAUGCGACAAUUUUUAAAUGGUCCUGAUAACGGUCAGAUGACAUCGCUAGCUGCACAAACGCUAAAACAAAUGGCAGAGCAACAUCAGCAUAAGAACGCCAUGGGCGGUAUGGGAGGUUUCCCACGGCCGCCAAUGCACCAGUCACAACAGGGGCAAAUAAUGGGGGGAGGUGGCCCAAAUAAUCGAUAUAAUGAUUAUGGCAAUUUCGGGAGCGAUUUUGGUAUGGGGCCCAAUGGUUCACAACAACAACAGCAUUUGCCUCAAUUUCAGCAAAAAGUUCCUGGCAAUGGUCCAUUUGUUGGCAUGCAACAGUCUUUUCUAGAUAUUAAGCAAGAGCUCUUCUAUUCCUCACAAAAUGAUUUCGAUCUCAAGCGACUACAACAGCAGGCUCAAAUGCACCAACAGCAGCAACAACAACACCACACACAACAAAAUCAUCCACAACCAACACAAAACUCGCAUGGCCCGAAUGUACCUAAAAUGGGACCAAAUAACAACUCUGGUAGUUUCUCGAAACCCGGACAACCACAAACCCAGCAACAACAAUACUCGCCAUAUAACUCCCCAAUGGGAGCAACAGGCAAUCAGAGCCCUGCCGGUCAAUCAUUUAUGCAAGGACCGAAUCGCGGUGCUUCAGGAUCGGGUGGUAUUAGUGGAGGAGUCGGCGUAGGGAAUAGUUGUGGUAAUGGCGGUCCACCUAAUAUGACGGCGCAGCAUGCCCAAAACAAUACGCAACAACGUGGAGGACCGCAAAGCGUUCCGCAACUAAAUGUCAACAAUGGUACCGGUGGCAUGGGUGCUGGUCCUAGUGUAAGUGGAGCGUCAGGUUCAAACAAUCAAAAUGGGAACGGUGGUGGCAUUAAUGCGGGAGCGGGCAAUGCUAAUAGUUCGCAGAGUGGUCCGAAUCUACAUCAACAGCAACAACAACAGCAGUCGACAACAACAACACUGCAAAUGAAACAAACGCAGCAAUUGCAUAUUACCCAACAAGGAGGAGCUCAUGGGAUACAGGUCUCAAGUGGUCAGCAUCUUCAUUUAAGUGGGGACAUGAAGAGCAGCGUAUCAGUGGCAGCGCAACAGGGUAUACAAUUCUUUAAUCACCAGCAGCAGCAACCUCAUGGGUCAAGCGCUCAACAACAACAACAGCCACAUGGUCAGCAACAUCAAAAUACUCAAAAUUCACAGCAGCAACAGCAAUCUCAACAGCAACAAAAUCAAAAUCUAAAUCAUGGAAAUGGACCUUCAGACGGUUUCUCCAUUUCGCAAACCCAGUCACUGAAUUUCACACAACAACAGCAGCAGCAACAUGCACAACAACAACCGACACAGCAGAAUCAACAAAUGCCUUCCAAUAUGCGUCAACGUCAAACGCAGGCUCAAGCUCAAGCACAAGCUGCAGCAGCAGCUGCUGCAGCUGCAUCUGCGGCCUUGGCUCAAGUAUCAUCGACGAAUGUUGGCUCACCUGUCGUUCCGAACAACAAUAACAAUACAAAUAAUGGUGUACCUGGAGGUGUGGGUAAUUUAAUAGGACAACAGUCAAGCAGCGUGAGUGGUAAUGUGCAUGGUGGACCAGUUCCACAAAGUGUGACGAUAGGGGGAGGAGGAGGGGAUACAAUUGGACCCAGUGGCAUGAAUAACAUUUCGGGAAUGAGCGGGAAUGUCAGUAUUGGUGGAACGAAUCAAAUGGGUGGCACUAAUGGUAGCGGGUUAGGCGGGAUGAUGUCUAGCAAUUCAUUAUCGCAUAUAAAUGCCCAGAAUGGACCAAAUGCUGCUGCAGCAGCCAUGAUGAUGGGUGCAACGCCAAAUAGUGGACCCCCAAUGAAUAUUAACCAAGCCAAAUUCUUACAACAGCAGCAAAUGAUGCGUGUUCAAGCUAUACAACAACAGCACAUGGGUGGAACGCGACCACCACCGCCCGAAUACAAGGCAUCGCAAGCUCAACUUAUGCAAGCACAAAUGAUGCAGCAGAACGUUGGCGGCGGCGGCGGACGCUUUCCCAAUGCUUCAGCUCAAGCAGCGGCAAUGCGACGAAUGACGCAACAACCUAUUCCACCCUCAGGACCAAUGAUGCGCCCGCAGCAUGCGAUGUACAUGCAACAUUCAGCAGUUACUGGUUCACGUUCAACCAUGGGAGCUUUUAAUGGGCCCAUGGGAACACAACAACGUCCUCCUAAUGUCCAAGUUACUCCUGAUGGUAUGCCGAUGGGUUCACAGCAGGAGUGGCGCCACAUGAUGAUGUCACAGCAACAACAAAUGAGUUUUGGUGGAGGACCUGGCGGUCCAAUGCGACAAGGGGCUGGAUCAUUUGGCGGCGGAGGCUUUUUACCAAGUGCUGGUGGUGUUGGUCCUAUGUCUGGUGGUGGUGUUCCAAAUCACGGCAUGCAAUUGACGCCAUCACAAAUUCAGCAACAAAUGAUGCGACAGCAACAGGUCCAGCAGCAGCAACAAAUGUUAGCGAACGCCGGUGGUAGCGGAGGACCAGGCAGCGUACAGAUGCAACAAAUGCUGCAGCAACAUCAUCAGCAGCAACAAGGCGGACCUGGUAACAUAAUGGCUCAAAUGCAAAUGACAUCACUACACAUGUCACAGUCGCAACAACAAAUGACAAUGCAACAACAGCAGUUCGUUCAACAAACCGCAUCGACGGCAACCGCGCACCAACAGCAUACGCAAAUGAUGCAAAUCAGUCAGAAUGUGGGAAGCAGCAACGCAAGUACUGGCGGAAUGGUAAGCGGAGGAGUACCUAGUAUAGGGCCCAGUGCCAGCACCACCGGUUCCCUUGGAUCGGGAACAAACAACCUUGGGUCAAAUAAUAAUAAUAUCACAGGAAAUAACAUGACUGCGGCUACAGCAGUUCAAUCCACCAAUACGUCUACAGCUUCCAAUACUGCCAAUGCCAUAAAUCAAACAAUUAAUUCAGUGGUGGCCAGUUCUAAUGAUUUAUGUCUCGAGUUCCUCGACAACUUGCCGGUGGACAGUGGCAAUUUCUCCACACAGGAUUUAAUUAAUUCACUUGACAACGACAAUUUCAAUCUGCAAGACAUUCUGUAAAUCGGAAAUCGAGGCGAAUAGAAAAGGAAGAAAGUGACUGCUGCCAGGUAAACACCUAGUAUUCACCUAAUUGUACAUUACAUAACGGAUGAAAAUAAUUUUCAUCAGCUUUUGGAAAAGAAAUACUACUUUAAAUCGAAUUUGAGUAGCUUAAUUUAUAUACAUAUAAAACACAUACAUACAUACACUUGCAUAUUUACAAAUAAGCCCAUCCUAAAGCGGCAUUACAAAAUUAAAUAAUUUACUUGUGGUAAGCUUAAGCUGGCUACAUGUCUGUCUUCUGUACUGAUUUUUGAUAUAGCCUCAAAUAUAAAUGUAUGCAAAUAUAGUUUUGUUUCGCACUAAUCUAAAUUUGUUUGCUGAUAAUAUUCUUGAAAGUUAAUAGUUUGCAUUAAUUUAACAACAUUCCAUUUGUCAAGAAAAAUAAUUUAUGUAUUAACAUAAAGGGGAUGGUUUAAAUAUACCCUCGCUCUUUAUAAUACACCUAUAUCAUCAUUAUUGUUAAUUCAAUUACAUUACUAUAAUGCUCUUUAUAAUCACAUAGACAUAUGUGUGUAUAACAUGUACUUAAAAAGCAUUAGCAAAUAAAUAGAACAUGACAGCCGGAAAAUUUAGAGAAUCCAUAUAGGUAUAUGUAGAUAUAGUGUAGCAUACAGAAAUUUUAAUAUUUUUGUUAAAAGUUUUGAAUAUUGAUAAUGUUUAAACAAUAUGCUCUCAGAAAACUGCAAACAAACACUCAUAUUGAAAUGUAUACGUUUUCGUGUAAAUAAAACUGUAAUAAGAAAAAAAUUGGUGAUAUUUUUUCUAUAAUUAAAUAAUGUUAUUAGCAGGAACCCAAUAAAAGAAACAUUAAAAUAUUUUGAAUCUAAAAAAAUACUAAGGAAAAAGUAUCUUAUAAUUUCCAAUACGAAAUAAAACAAACAGCGGUAUAAACAAAUGGCAAUAUUUGAAAUUAUUAUUAGUUCUUGUAUGAGUUCCGUAGUAUAUAAUUAGAUCUAAGAUAAACAUCAAAGACACGCUAGGCAUAUGCACGCUCCAAACUAUGAUAUAAAACUGAAGUUCAAGCGCAAAUAAAUGUAAAGAAAUCAUAGGAACAUUUAUUUAUACAGAUAUUUGCAAAUAUUUAAAUACACUUUACUAAAUGUUUGUCGAAAAACUCGUUUUAUUAUACAAUCACAAAAGAUAAAUUUAAUAAGAAUGUAAAAGGUACAUAAUAAAAAGAUACAGUUUUUAGAACAUAAAAACAUUAAUAAAUAUAAACUGAUUAAUUACAAUGUAGUUGCUAAGCAAAUAAUUACAAAGUAGAUUAAAAUUGUUAUAUCAAAUUAUAUACAACUGUAGAUAUAUGUAUCCAAAUAGAUCUAAGACAUCCUUCCAAAAUCAAUAAAAGGGUAAAAGUAUUCAAAAUUGAUAUGAAA